AUGGAAUUGCCGCAGAUACUGCAACCUUCUGGACUGAAAUCUCAGAUUGUGGUGUUUUUCACAAGCUUGUUGAUUGCUGGCAUGGCUUUCUGCUUUGGAAGUCCGUGCACAGGCCAAACCAGAUUGCAAUUCUAUGGCGCGGAGAAUUGCGCCCUCGAUAGAUCCGUUUACGAAACAACUACUACCGUUUCCCCCGUCACCUGUGCACGCAACUGCCACGCUGACGUACGCUGCAUGUCACUCAACUACUACUGGCCGAAUCGCAUGUGCGAACUGAGCACUACUACCAGGUCACAGGAGACGAGCCGUUUCACCGAGCGCCAGGGCAGUGUGUAUUUUGACUCUGAUGAAGAAACACAAAGAUUUUCCGUUCCCUCUCUGACAUCUGCCUUAUCCACUCCGAUGAUAAAUGAGGAAGCACCCGACACUAUUACCAACACAACACCGGCCUUCCCCACUCCAGAAGUAGAAGUGGAUCCCAUACCAAACGAACCUACUGAACCACCUCCCACCCCAACAGAAAACCCAACCAUCGGCUGUAAGAGACAAGGGGUCAAUACUGUCUAUCCCUCGGGCACAGGUCCCGGGAUUCAGGUCGACUGCGAGCUGAUCUAUGGCAAAUAUUGGAUGGUGAUUCAGCGUCGUCAGGAUGGCAGCGUGGACUUCUACCGCAACUGGACCGAGUACCGAGAAGGAUUCGGCAACUUGUCUGGGGAAUACUGGCUAGGAAACGACAACAUUCGGCAGCUGACUGAAUCUCAGGGACCGUGGAUGCUCCACAUUGACCUGGCCGACUGGCACGGCCAACAUCGCCAUGUCCGGUAUAACGACUUUUCAGUCCAAGGAGAAGAAUACACCAUGCAUUUGGGCAAUUUCGCUACCAGAAAUGAUUUUGACAUUGAAAACUCACUUGCACAUGAAAAUGGCCGAUCUUUCUCAACUUGGGAUCACGAUAAUGAUGGAUUGGAUAGCAGAACAUGUGCUGUAGACAACCAUGGAGGCUGGUGGUAUGAUGGGUGCGUUUUGGCAAAUCUGAAUGGCUUUUACUUUCAGGAAGAAACGGUGGACGACCACGCAAUUACAUGGUUUUCUUGGAGAGGACUCUAUAGUCUCAAACAAUGCAGCAUGAAAAUUUGCUUAGGUUAA